AUGUCCACUAACGGUAAACCGUCGCUGGUCAACACGAAAUUGCCGACAGUUGCUGUGCCCCCGGCCUCACCGCAAUCUCCUCGUAAGCUCCGCAAAUUUCAAUCCCACCAGUCUUUGACGUCGACAUCGUUCUCGAGCUUCGGACAACCUUUAGCGACGACGACAACUGCCGGGAUCAACGGUGGUCACAAUCAACAGCGCGACGCCUCUAGCAAUGGCGCAGGCACAGACAUCCAAUCCAACGCAAUCGCACGACCUCGGACUCGCGGAAGAUCGAAUAGUGAAUCAGGCUCAAGCAAUCCCACGCCAUUGAUGACGGGCACUGUCAGAACAAAGCGACCAGCUAGAAAGACAGAUUCCUCUGGUUAUUUUAUCAAGAGAUCGGGUUUGGAUGCGCUGUUACGAGAUGGACCAGCGGAUGGGAGGUUACUGGAGACGUUACAAGAGUUGAGGUUGAUGGUUUUGUCGAAUAGAGUUGAUGCAGAUUCAGAUGGCAUGUCUACAUAUAGAAUAUACCUUUGGUUAGCGCUCCUCGGCGUCCCCCCGUUGCCGACAGACGAAUACCUCGCACUCGUCCAUCGUGGGCGAUCUCCAGCAUACACCAAAAUCAGAAACGACACUUUCCGGACACUAGCAACUGAUCCAUUGUUUAAGCGACGAGUCACCGAAGCCAGUUUGAUCCGUCUAUUGAACGCGGUUGCAUGGAAAUUGCAUGAUGCGCAACAAGUCACUAAACCGUCUUCGCGACCAUCGUCGAGAAGGAAAGAAUUACUGGAGCUUGCUAUAGAUAGUCCGCCGACGAUCACGGAAGAACCAGAGGGUGACUCGGUACAACCGAUAGACAAUCCAACUACGAAACCGGCAAUCUAUGUACAAGGUAUGAAUGUCUUGUGCGCGCCAUUUCUUUACGCAGCUCGCAGCGAAGUCGAGGCGUUUGCAUUGUUUCAUUACUUCGUCACAAAGGAGUGUCCUGGAUAUGUGCGAGGGGCCAUGGAUGGAGUUCACAAGGGCCUUCGCCUGGUUGAUCGAUGUUUGGAAAUCGUUGAUCCGAAACUCGCGGCUUAUCUGUUCUCCAAGGGGAUGUAUGCGGAAUUGUAUGCGUUUCCAUCGGUUCUGACAUUGUGCGCUUGUACUCCCCCGUUGCCGGAAGUUCUUCAUUUAUGGGAUUUCUUGUUUGCGUAUGGGCCGCAUUUGAAUAUCUUGUGCAUUGUGGCACAGCUUAAUCGAAUGAGGGAUGCGAUUCUUCAGAGCGAGAGCCCCAAUAAACUCUUACGAUCAUUCCCACCCCUAGAAGCAGACAAGGUGAUCAGUCUGACGGUAUCGUUCGUCCGCAAGAUACCCGAGGAUUUGUAUGGAGAGCUGGUUGAUCACGCUAAAUGA